CUGUAUUAUUGAGAUGGACUCGCCAGGUUUGUUACACUUCUUGGUUCCAUUGAUGGAAGGGAGGGCAGGGAAUUGAUUGUCAACGGAAAUGGAAUAGUUUUGUUUGUCACUCCAUUUUCGGUGUGUCCAGGUGUCAUAUGGUUAUGGCCCCUAUCACUGAAAUUCACUGUGGAUUUAUCUGCCAGCUUGCACAAAUGGAAGCUGCGAAGAAGGAGGAAGCAAAAGGGAGGCCUUCAUCAGCUCCAGCCCGCAGCUGUUGGCGCCAUGUGAAACUGCAAGGAGGACUUGUCAAGCGAACACCGCUCAUCAUGAGGUGGCCUCAGAAAAUGCCAUUGAAGGGGAUCUUAGAGCUGGACUUCGUGACUGUGAGAGGUCCCACCAGAGAUGUCAAGGUGCUCAUUGGCAAACUCUUCCCCAGUGAACUUUAUCUGUUGAUUUUCCUUCUCCUUCUAAUUCUCAAGGAAAUCCAGACGUACGUGAGUACCGCACCCGUCGAGCCGGAGUCCCAAGUCGCGUUCACCACUUCUUGCAUGGGUGGUGAGGCCAAGCAAUGGAUGUUGGCCGAGGCCAAUGUGGCGGGUUUCGAAGAUAUCGGUGAGUUAGCAAAGACUCUGACACUGAAACAGUUCUUGGCGAAAACCAGGGACCGUUUCCUCGACAAGACGACGGUCGACAAGGCCUUUGACCAGUUGACGUCAAUUGGUCAAAAGCAUUGGACGUCAGUUGAGGCUUUGUCCCGAGAAGUUGACCGAUUGUUGCAGGUUCCUGGAUUGAAGCUGCAGGACAGCCAAGUGUUGUACAUCUAUUCCCGCGCGUUGCCUGAGCCCAUUCGGGGACAUUUAGUCACCGAAGCGAAGUUCGGUAAGUACAACUACAGGCAAUUUCGUGACCUCGCCCUGCAAAGGGAACAGAUGACUUCUCAAGUCAAGAAUUCCUAUGCAGCGGUAGUCAAGUCUGGAGGAGGAGGAGGAAGACAGUAUAAUGGGAAACGAGUUCUCUGGCGACAGAAGCGCCAGGACCACACCCUUGUUGUUUUUGAUGACGACACAGUGGAAAAGUGGCCGAACGAGGAGAAUGAUAACAACAGUGACUCCGGGAAGGGGGAAGUCACUGCUGUUGUGGCCAAUAAGGGAGGACCACCCAGGACAGGAGGGAAGAAACAAAGAGCGUUCCCAUGGCACCCUGGCAUUGCUGAUGGGAAGCCAUGGGUCGAGAUGGGUAUGACUAGAAAGACUUGGCAGGAGCGCAUGGAUAAUGCGCAAUGUCUCAAGUGGGGCACACCGGGACAUGUGAUCGCCUACUGCCCUCAGAUCCGGAACCCAAGAGCGAACAGCCAGUAGGAGUAGCAUCUGCUUCUACUGAGAUUAAGGUGAACAACGAUUGUGUAUUCCUCACUAGGAAGAAAACAAAAGUCUACUUAUUGG